UCCUUAUUAUCCUUCUUUAAGUAGUUGACUUAGCUCCUUAUAUCAUACUCUGGGCAAUCUUAGCUUUUCUUCUUCUUGAACACAAUAUUGUAGAAGCACAAGAGCAUGAGUCACUUGAGCAUGAUGGAGGCAAGGCUGCCUCCGGGUUUCCGGUUCCACCCGCGAGACGACGAGCUAAUAUGCGACUACCUUGCCAAGAAGGCUAAGGGGGAGUCAGGGAAUGGCAGUGUACAUGGAUACUCUAUGAUGGUCGAUAUCAAUCUCAACAAGUGUGAGCCAUGGGAUCUUCCUGAAAUGGCAUGUGUUGGGGGUAAGGAGUGGUACUUCUUCAGUCUCCGAGACCGCAAGUAUGCAACGGGUUGUCGAACGAACCGAGCGACUGAGUCAGGCUAUUGGAAGGCAACGGGAAAGGACCGCAAGGUGAGCCGAAAGGGUGUGCUUGUCGGCAUGAGGAAGACAUUGGUGUUCUACAAAGGUAGAGCCCCUAAGGGCACCAAAACUGAUUGGAUCAUGCAUGAAUUUCGCAUCGAAGAUUCUUCCGAUACAUCCAAAUUCUAUUUCAAGGACUGGGUUUUGUGCAAGGUGUCCUUCAAGAGCAGAUCAACGAUCACCAAAAUCGACAAUUGCCAAGACGAGACUAGUCGUUCCACCUUCCUUCCACUCAAGUACACUGACAUAAUCUUCGAUCAAAUUCCGCAUGGUCUUAAUGGUUAUGAGCAAGUACCCUGCUUCUCCAACCUUUCAAAUGAUCUUGCAACUCCUCCGACGGCACCAACCAAUGUAGGAAGGAACUUAGAGAGCUACUUAAGAGAUAAUAAUGCCUCUUAUCUGUGGGGUUCCUUUUGAGCUUACUAGUGUGGUAAAGUGGUGUGUUACAGUGAUUUUUUCAAAUAGUAUGAUCAAUAACAAGGAAAGUUUGUUCUAUGUUCCAGACAAUAAAAGAAAUAAGAAGGAUUUGUGUUCUUAAAUUCUACACAUUGUGGUUGAUUACGGAGUCGAGCCUAUUUGUGAUAACAAUAUAGAACAUUGUUGUAUCGUCUUAUA